CCGCCCUCAUUCACCACCUCCGUACCGCCAAGACCCCCAACGUCCGCCAGCUCGCCGCCGUCCUCCUCCGCAAGAAGAUCACCGGCCACUGGGCCAAGCUCUCUCCUCAGCUCAAGCAGCUCGUCAAGCAGUCCCUCAUCGACAGCAUCACCAUGGAGCACAGCCCUCCCGUAAGGAAAGCGAGUGCUAAUGUAGUGAGCAUUGUUGCCAAGUAUGCCGUUCCGUCCGGGGAAUGGCCGGAUUUGUUGCCAUUUCUGUUCCAGUGUAGUCAGAGUGCACAGGAAGACCACCGCGAAGUGGCGUUAAUUCUCUUCAGCUCAUUGACUGAAACAGUUGGGAACGCUUUCCGGCCACAUUUUGCUGCUCUUCAAGCUCUUCUACUCAAGUGCCUGCAGGAUGAGACUAGCAACCGCGUUAGAGUUGCUGCCCUCAAGGCGGUGGGUUCUUUUCUGGAAUUCACUCACGAUGGAGAUGAAGUGAUCAAAUUUCGGGAAUUCAUUCCAAGUAUCUUGAAUGUAGCACGUCAAUGCCUAGCUUCAGGAGAAGAAGAUGUUGCUAUAAUUGCUUUCGAAAUUUUUGAUGAGCUGAUAGAAUCUCCUGCACCACUUCUUGGAGAUUCAGUCAAAUCCAUAGUGCAGUUCUCCCUUGAGGUUUGUUCGAGUCAAAGUUUGGAGUCUAAUACACGUCAUCAGGCAAUUCAGAUUAUUUCAUGGCUGGCAAAGUACAAGUCGAACACUUUGAAAAAGCAUAAAUUGGUCAUCCCUAUCCUGCAAGUUUUAUGCCCUUUGCUUGCUGAAUCAACAGAUGAAAGUGAUGAUGAUGAUCUUGCACCAGAUAGAGCUGCUGCAGAAGUUAUUGAUACAAUGGCUUUAAACAUUCCAAAGCAUGUUUAUCCACCAGUUUUUGAAUUUUCUUCUGUAAGCAGUCAGAAUGCAAACCCAAAGUUUCGAGAAGCAUCUGUAACUGCAUUAGGUGUGAUUUCAGAAGGUUGUUCGGAGCUCAUGAAAAGUAAGCUCGAACCUGUUCUCCAUAUUGUUUUGGGAGCUCUGAGGGAUCCGGAACAAAUGGUCAGAGGGGCAGCUUCAUUUGCUUUGGGUCAAUUUGCUGAGCACUUACAGCCUGAAAUUGUAUCUCAUUAUGAGAGUGUUCUUCCAUGUAUUUUAAAUUCUCUUGAGGAUGCAUCUGAUGAAGUAAAGGAAAAGUCAUACUAUGCUUUGGCUGCAUUUUGCGAGAACAUGGGUGAGGAAAUCCUUCCUUUCCUAGAUCCUUUGAUGGGAAGAUUAUUGGCAGCUCUCCAAAACAGUUCCCGUAAUUUGCAAGAAACAUGCAUGUCUGCCAUUGGUUCUAUUGCUUCUGCUGCAGAGCAGGCUUUCUUUCCUUAUGCUGAAAGGGUUUUAGAGCUGAUGAAAAAUUUCAUGGUGUUAACUAAUGACGAGGAUCUCCGUUGCCGUGCAAGAGCAACAGAAUUAGUCGGAAUUGUUGCGAUGUCCGUUGGCAGAAUGAGAAUGGAACCAAUAUUACCUCCCUACAUAGAAGCUGCAAUUUCAGGAUUUGGGCUUGAGUUUAGUGAACUUCGGGAGUACACGCAUGGAUUCUUCAGCAAUGUUGCUGAGAUCUUGGAAGAUAGUUUUGCACAGUAUCUUCCUCAUGUUGUGCCUCUUGCAUUUUCUUCCUGCAAUCUUGAUGAUGGCUCUGCGGUGGAUAUUGACGAGUGCGACGAUGAAAUUGCUAAUGGAUUUGGAGAAGUUUCUUCGGAUGAUGAAGCUCAUGAUGAACCAAGAGUUCGAAAUAUUAGUAUUAGAACUGGAGUGUUGGAUGAAAAGGCAGCUGCAACCCAAGCCCUUGGCCUGUUUGCGCAGCACACAAAGAUUUCUUAUGCUCCAUAUUUGGAGGAGACGCUAAGAAUCUUGGACAAACACUCUAGUUAUUUCCAUGAAGAUGUUAGACUACAGGCAAUCAUUGCUUUAAAACAUAUUUUAACUGCAGCUCAUGCUAUCUUCCAAAGCCAAAAUGAUGGUGCUGCAAAAGCAAAAAAACUUCUUGAUACUGUGAUGAAUAUUUACAUCAAAACUAUGGUUGAAGAUGAUGACAAGGAAGUGGUUGCUCAAGCAUGCACUAGUGUGGCCGACAUCAUAAGAGAUUUUGGUUUCGCAGCUCUUGAGCCUUACUUGCCCCAGCUUGUUGAAGCAACUUCAUUGUUGCUUCGAGAGGAAUCUGCUUGUCAGCAGAUAGAGUCAGACAGUGAAAUUGAUGAUGAUGAUGCUUCACAUGACGAAGUGCUUAUGGAUGCUGUAUCUGAUCUUCUCCCUGCAUUUGCAAAGUCUAUGGGUGCUCAAUUUGCUCCCAUCUUUGCACAGCUAUUUGAACCUUUAAUGAAAUUUGCAAAAGCUUCCCGUCCCCCUCAAGAUAGGACCAUGGUUGUUGCCUGCCUUGCUGAAGUUGCUCAGAACAUGGGUUCUCCAAUUGCGGCCUACGUUGAUAGAGUGAUGCCAUUGGUACUCAAAGAACUAGCAUCAUCUGACGCAACGAAUAGAAGGAAUGCUGCAUUUUGUGUUGGAGAAUUGUGCAAAAAUGGUGACGACUUGGCUUUAAGAUACUAUGACAAUAUAUUACGUGGACUUCAUCCCUUGUUUGGGGAGUCCGAGCCUGAUGAUGCAGUGAGGGAUAAUGCAGCUGGUGCUGUGGCAAGGAUGAUUAUGGUACACCCUGAAUCUGUUCCACUGAAUCAGGUUCUUCCUGUUUUCUUGAGAGUUCUUCCUUUAAAGGAAGACCGUGAAGAGUCUAUGGCUGUCUAUAGUUGUGUCGAUAAUAUACACUAAUACCAAACUCUGUUUAUCCAUUUUAAUGAAAUGCAGAUCCUCUCCCUAGUCCCUGAGCUAGUUAAUCUCUCAGCUCAAGUGGUGGCAUCCCCUGAUGAGACAUCUGAAGUUAAAACCCUAGUGGGCAGAACGUUCUCUCAUCUACUUUCAUUAUAUGGGCAACAAAUGCAGCCCAUUCUGAGCAAUCUCUCACCUGCACAUGCGAACGCAUUAUCUGCAUUUGCCCCAAGAAGUUGAUAUAGUACAGACACAGAAAAUUUAAACAUUUUUGUUUGGUUUUUUCCCCGUUAUGUACCAAGUAUGUUUACAACGAAAUUGAAAUGGCUUGUUAUGAAAUGAAAUUGGAGCUGUGUGGCUAUGGUGCUGGCCAAAGAUCAUUGCCUUUGCCAGGCUGCCGUUGCUCGUUUUUCCAGUGCCUUCUUCAGUUUUUCUUUUGGAGACACUGUUUUCUUCUCUUUCUUUUUCAAAAUUUUCUUGUGUUCUUAUGUAUUUAAUUAUUUAUUCAUUUACUUGUAUCUGUAUUAUGAAAUUUUGGUUGUGUUUAUUUCAGUGGUUUGGAGGGGUGACUUUUGUCUCAGCUUUAUGUACCGAACUUUCUUCAAAAGUAUAUGUGAUAAUAUUAUUCAGUUUUGUGCAA